AUGGUGGUCCUCAACAGAUUCGCCAUUUUCAUGGCUACAAUAUCGAUAUCGCUCCUUGAUACCUCAUUAGCUACAGAUCUUGAGGAUCUUUGCAGUAGACGAUGGAGCUCAACUACGGUUGUAGGGGAUAGGCUUUACAUCAACGGCGGCCAAAAUCUUGUCAACAGCUCUACCAAGGAAUACAAAGCAUUUGACAGCAUCCAAUACAUCGACCUAUCAUCCUCCUGGAAAAUCGAUACACCCCCACUAAACACCCGUUCUAAACCAGACGAUGUCACCAAUGUUAACGAGGCCUGUGCCUGGAGCGACGGAAAUAGCUUCUUCCAGUACGGCGGCUGGCAAACAGAGAAAUCUCAGGAAACCUUCAGACUCUGGGAGCUUGAUCCCAGCACCUCAGAAACAUCGUGGAAGGAGGCCUCAAGUGAUAGCAGUGUGAAUCGACUCGCAUCAGGCGGAUCCACCAAUGCUCCAAAAAUAAAAAAGUCGUACGCGUUUGGAGGGUUUCAGGACCAGGCAACCACAAGUGAUCCCUGGUAUUAUCCGCUAGGGAAGAUACAGGGCGCCCCUGGAAGGCCCGAUCUUAUUGAGUUUGACUGGGAGACAAAAGUUACGCGAAAUGUGACUUAUGAGAAUAAGUCGGAUAAAAAUCUGACUGUUGUGGAUGACUCGUUGGUAUAUGUACCGGUCGGGGAAUCGGGAAUUCUGGUACCAAUUAGUGGGCGACCAACCCUUCAGACCAGUAGCUCUACCGCUACCUAUGAGAAUAUGGCGAGCUUUGCUGAAAUUCAAUUCUUCGAUAUUGCCUCAUCAACUUGGUACUCUCAGGCUGCCGUAGGCACUAAUUCACAGGGAGAUAUCCCAAGCAAUCGAGUGGAAGCUUGUUCAGUAGUUCAAGCCGCCCCCGACAAGUCCUCUUUCAACAUCUACAUAUUUGGCGGAUCCGUCGCCGACCAAGGAUCGUCAUCCUACAAUGAUCUCUGGAUACUGUCGUUGCCUUCAUUCAAAUGGAUCAAGGUCUACAACACUGCUGAUUCGGAUGACGAUAUUGCGGGAGCGCGUACAUCCCAUUCAUGCCAAAUUAUCGGCAAUAGACAAAUGGCAGUAAUUGGCGGCGCAUUCAGCUCUUCCGCAAUAUCGCAAUGCCAGACAUCCCCGCUAUUCGUCUUUGAUACGUCCAGUUUAUCUUGGAAAUCCGAGUUCAAUUCAUCUGAGGCUGCAUAUGUUUUGCCCAAGGCCAUUACAGAUGUGAUCGGCGGUGAUGAGAGCGGGAACCCAGAUAAGGACAAGAAUAAGCCGAGCGCCUGGACCAACCCAGCUGUUGAGAAGAUAUUCUUCACUAGUGAUGGUGUGUCAACGACAAGUCAAGAUAGUCCAGCGUCAUCAUCCUCAUCGUCCUCAUCGUCCUCGAGCUCAUCAUCAGGCACUUCGGAUUCGGCAUCUUCGUCGGGAUCUUCUGAUGAAACCAAAUCCUCGACGCCUGCUGUAGUGGGUGGUGUUGUCGGUGGAUUGCUUGCCCUAUUAGCCGGAGCAAUCGGCUUCUUAUUCAUGCGCCGACGUCGCCGCCAAAAGGAAAAAGUCCAGAUCGACCCCCCAAUGUUUCUCGACCCCCCAAUGUCUCCUGAUCAUAUACAGGAGCUCGGGGCGGGAGGUGAAUUGCACGAAUUGGGGGGAAGAGAUAGUAAAAUGGGAUAUGGCCCUGGUGCCUUCUCAAGAAGCACUGAGUAUCUACCGCCACCAGCAGAGAGAGUUGAGAUGCCAUAA